CUGUGCUGGCAGUGUAGUGCUGACCCGGGCAGGCAGGCAGGCAGGCAGGCAGGCAGCAGGCUGUGAUGAAAUGACACUAUCUGCUUGUGGGAAUGCAUUCAUAACUUAAUAAGAAGAAAACCGAAGCAAAUAAUGAUGUUUAAAGUGCAAGCUGAAACUGGAGAAACUGGGUGAACAGUCCACAGCCUCCCGUACUCGAGACAAGCAAAUACUAUUUCAUUCACUGCUGUGACACACAUCUGAGUCCGAUUUGCAUUUUUUUACUCUUUUGUUUACGAAAAUGGCACAAUCCUUGCAUAUCAACCAGAACCUACCAGAUUUAGGUGGCCCAUUUCUGUAUCGAGACCAGGAUGAAAAGACCUCCUAUUCUGUGGAAACUCCAUAUGGCUUCCAGUUGGAUUUGGAUUUCUUGAAGUAUGUUGAAGAUAUUCAGAGCGGUCAGACAUUAAAAAAGGUAUCCGUGAACCGCAAACCAAGGGUACCAAGGCUGUCUAGUUCAUCCCUGAGAAGUCCGUCUUGCCAGACUGGUGGAUGGACUUCUACAGAAUCUUUAAACUCCAGCGAGGAUGGGAGAUCAGGCUCUGUAUUUUUUUCAAGGGUUAGGACUCAGUCUGGCUCCUCUGAUAUUAAAGAUAAUCUGAAUAUGCAAAAAUCUGGCCCAGUUUCUCCUACAACUAUCAUUAAUCUGCUGCCCCCACCUUCACCCAAGUCCAUCAUAAGGAAUCCUCGUGUUGAGAAAACACUGGUGGAGACCAGCAUACGACUUGAAAAAGAACAACAAACUUCCUCUGCAGGUUUGCAUGUGAAAACAGGGCCACCUACAAAUCUUGCCAAGCUCAGUGUUGCUAGUACAAGUUCACCUAAUCUGUCUCAAUUGUCCUCAUCUGUGCAACAAAGCAGAAGUGUAGAAGGUCUUGGUAUACUGAGUCCCAGUUUCUCAGGAUGUGUAAGAAUUAGUCCGGCAAACUCUGGAAGAAGUACACCAGCAGCUAACAUUUCUUCAACUCAUCUGCAGUUUGUUCGCGAGCAGAUGGCUGCUGCUUUGAGACAACUGAAAGAUCUUGAAGAACAAGUAAAAGCUAUUCCUGUGUUGGAAAUGAAGAUUUCUACCCUGGAGAGAGAGAAGAAAGAACUGCUAGCUGAUCUGGAGAAGAAGCAGGAGACCUGUUUUGGUGAGCAGUCAAGUGCAAAAAAUUCAGAUGAAAUUGACUCGGAAAAAAAUCUAGACCUUUCUUCUGAACUGGAAAGCGAGUCAGAGAAUGGAAGGCCUAGACCAAGUAAGAUUGCAGAGCUUAAAAGACUUACAGAAAAGCUAAGUGUUCAUGAAAGAACAACAAAAGGUAAUAAGAAUGCAACCACCAAGGCAUUUGCAAGUCCCCCGAAAGUGAUGGAAAGGCGCUCGAAGUCUGUAGGUGUAGGAGAGGAGAAAGACAUGAAUGAUGCAGUAUUUUAUUAUAAGUCCCAUAAAGCAUUCAGAGAAGUUGCUGUUGGAUCUGAAAGUGAAAUGAAGGAUGUUGGUGUUUGGGUAAUGGAAUCCUUGUUGGGACUGACUUGUGAGACAGAAAAAGAGAUUGAACUACUUCAGUACACAAUUGAUCACCAAAAAGGGGUCAUCAGCAUGUUAGAAGGACAUCUAAAAGAUGCAGCAUUUGAGCUGGAAGAGCUAAGGGUGGCUGUUUGUUCUAGAACACAAAGAGACACCGCAGACAAGGAAGUUACAGCUCAGCCUCAAACACUGGAAGCAUCUUCUGAAGCUGUAGUCCUCACUCUUAGCCAAGCAUCAGGAGAACCUUUAAACAUGACUGAUACGGGAGUUAAUUGCUUCUUAGAAAUAUCUUGCAUUGGCGGAAGCACGGUGUCCGAAGUAAGGGAAGUUGCAGUUGGUCCAGAUGUGAUUUUAGGAUAUGAAGAGAAGAGCACUCAGGCUAAUUUGGAGGGAUCUAAUGAAGCACUGUCUACUUUAAUUUCCGGAUUUAAUAGCACUGUAAUAGAACCUGCAAGUGAGCCAAGGACUGACAUAAUUUCAAAAAACAAAUGUAAAAGAACAUUGUUGGCAGGAGACGAGGUGGAUGUUGCUAAGAAUAACCAGGAUAUCAUAAAGCAUGUGGAGAAGUGUGAUAAGACUGAGGGAAAAAUUACAGUGGAAGGAAAGGUCAGAGCUCUCAGCUCAUCCUCUGAAGUGAAGCAUGAUCAGUGUGUAAUUAUACAGAAUUCUGUAGAAGUUCAGAGCGAGAUAACGGGUCAGAAUGAAGAUGUUGCAGAGGGAAGUAGGGAUCUAACCAGUUUGAGUCAAGCUGGAACACUAAAGUCUAUCAUGAAAAACAAGGAUGGAUCCUCCCAAAGUCCAUCAAACAGAGGGAAGAAAAGCCUGCAGUUUGUUGGAAUCUUAAACGGAGAAUAUGAGAGUACGUCAAGUGAAGAAUCGAGUGACAACGAAGGGGACAGCUCCUCCGAUAAGGUGUCAGAAGACAGUUCCGAUAGUGAGGAGAUAAACUAUGUUGAUACAUCGGAGGAGGAAAUGAAUGUAAAUAUGGACGACAGUGAUAGUGACGUGGAAGAAUGUGCAGCGGAAGAGAAGAGGAAAGUGGAGAAAAAGAAGAAAAACAAAGAUGAAAAGUUUGCUCAAGUUGAUGCCAAGGAAAAGACUUUGGGCUUGAGUGCAAAAAUGCGAGAGGCAUGUCUUACUGUUGAUGCUCACUUAAAGGAUCCUACUGCAAUGAAAUCAAAAGAAAUUCUCUCCAGUUACCACCUGGUCCAACAAGAGUGGUUUAGGGCAUCUAGCCAGAAAUCAUCUGUGACUAGCAAAGUGGCUGUCUACCUUGAGGCUUUCAGUGAAAUGUCCAAAGAUCUGCUCGGCCACGUGGUAAAUCUCACAGACGGAAAUGGGAACACCGCUCUACACUACAGUGUGUCGCACUCAAACUUCAGCAUAGUUCAGCUACUGCUAGACACUGGAGUCUGUAAUGUGGAUCGUCAGAACAAGGCUGGUUAUACAGCCAUUAUGCUAGCAGCUCUAGCAGCUGUGGAAAAAGAAGAAGAUAUGAAUAUUGUGUGCCGCCUAUUCAGCAUGGGAAAUGUCAAUGCCAAAGCCAGCCAGGCAGGUCAGACUGCACUGAUGCUAGCUGUGAGCCAUGGAAGGCAGGAAAUGGUGCAGGCGCUACUCGCCUGUGGAGCCAAUGUCAACCUGCAAGAUGAUGAGGGAUCGACAGCCUUGAUGUGUGCCAGCGAACAUGGGAGAGCAGAGAUUGUGAAGUUGCUGUUAGCCCAAGCUGGAUGUGACAUAAACAUAACGGACAAUGAUGGGAGCAAUGCUCUCUCAAUAGCGCUUGAAGCGGGACAGAAUGAUAUUGCGAUGUUACUUUAUGCACAUAUGAACUUCUGCAAGUCACAGGCACCAAGUUCGGACGCAUUGCCAUUGGGGAAGUCUGCCAGCCCCCUUUAACAUCUGAAACUGGAAUUUGCCUAGUGUCUGCUGUGGCUGACUGCACAAUUCAAUUACCUUUACCAUAUACCCUUGUUAAGGAGCAAAGCACAAUAUUAAACAACUAUAUAGAGAAUGAAAUGACUAAUACUCACUUGUACAUCGUACCUUUUUAGUAUUAAGGCAUGGCCAGCAGCGUACUCUGUGUCUCAUUCAAUGAACGUAAUGAAGAUGGUCUUGUUGUACAUGUGCUCAAGAGGCAAAAUGUAUAAUUUCCUAUCCUCUGCACUGAAAUAUGUUAAGCUCUAUGACAAUGUGUAUUGCUGUUUUCAGUACUGAUAACACAUUUUAUAAAUAUUUUAUUGUGCCAUAUUCCACUGCAUCUUAUCAAAUAUUGUUAUUUAUACAAACAAAUAACCUUUUUUGUUCGUUUUUACUAAUAAAUAAAUACUUGUUUUACUUUG